AUGUGGGUUUUUGUCUUUAUUGAAGAAAACAUGCCUCUGUCUUGUAAAAUAUGUGGGAACAAGGCUAUUUUGAAGCGACCGAAAACGGUAAGCUGGUUCAUGAUGCUAUUGCAGUUGAUCAAAGUUACUUUAAUAAGAGGAUUCUUUAGUUCGUAGUUUAAGCUUCUCGUGUGUCUUGGUCCUGAUGGCGCAAUAAUUGCAACUUAAACAAAAAUCUGUGUCCUUUUUUCGGUGUAAUUAAGUUAAACUUCAAAAGGCCCUCGAAUCUUGUUCUAAAGCGUAACUGUUUAGUUUUUAUCUUGCGUAGUACGAUCCUCCGAUUUUGUGGUACUUUUAAAUGUGUUUAUUAAGCGGGGUUGAUAGAUUUGACACUGUUUGUUUUACAAUGGGCUAUUGCAUUUAACUCACCUGUCAGUGUAAUCCGUGGGGGGGAGGGGGUUGGUUGGGGUUGGAGUCCGGGGAUUUGACAAAGGAAGUCGGCCCGUGUUGAGGACUUUUGAUUAUCGCCCAGUCGCGGGGGUGGGAACUUUUGAAUUUCAUCCGAUUACGGACAUCAUCUUGGAUUGGAAGCUGUUAAAGACCUGGUUACCAGUCAGUUAACAGUUGAAAUACCUCACCCCAGUUGUUUAAAAGGUGGAUAGCGCUAUCCACCAGAUAAAUCACUAUCCACUGGAUAAAUAUUAUGGGAGCCAAUUGCGCUAUCUAGUGGAUAGAGAUUUAUCUGGUGGAUACACAGGUAACCCAGGCUCUGUGAUAGUACCACAGUACGGUUCCAGUAAAAUUACAGUGUUUGUAUGGGGUAAAAAUAUCAUCCUAAAAUUUCUAGGAAAUACUAAAUAAAGAUCAAUGAAACUUACUCUGCAGUUAAUUGUUGUUGUCCUUAUUGCUCCAACAAAGUUUCGUGAUAAUUUGCAGUAAUUUGUUCAAAUUCACUCUAUCUACAAUAAUAAUAUACAAGGUAGGAAACACGAGGUGCCAUUUUCGCCGACAUGCUCUCAUUCAACACAACUUUUUCCACGAAAUUCGAACUCCAAUGGAAAAUAAACAUGCCAGGAUCGUAGAAAUAGGAUAGCAGCAGAUAUAGAAACCAAUGAAGCUUUCCCACAUAGAGAAACGAAUCCCACAGACUUUGACAAACUCGAAGAAUAUAAUCCAAACACACCGAGAAUACGCUCGCCGAAGCAGCCGGGCCAGAUCAACGUGCGGCCAAGAAAAUGAAGCCUGGGCACUGUACAAAAAAAUUCCAUCCUGGGGGUCCUGGGGUGACCUUUCUAGGGACCGAUACAUCAUUUGCCCAAGGCCACCCUCCCCUGCUGGAAAAAUACUUGAUAGAAGGCAAUUGUUCUUCCUAGCCAAUCACCAUUUGCCAGAGCAAACCCCGCACACGCGCCUGAAUUUAAAUGGCUAAAAAAAAAGUACAAGUGAACAAAAGGUAGAUGAUGACUGAGAUACUGUUGCUGUGAACUCUUGAGCGAAACUAUCGUAAAUAAACGGUGAAGCUUACAAACUAAUGUCAAAAAUUAUACAGAAAAUUGCGACAGAGUAUGAAUUGCGAUAACUGAGACGAAUGUGAAAGGCACGUGCACUAGUAAACAAAGAACUAGCGCGAUUAACAUAUUUAGCGAUUAAUGCGGCAGUAACACACCGACUUCUUGUCAAUACAAGUGAACGCUCUAUCGGUUAAAUAUGUGAAUCAUCGUGAUACACCUCUCUUUGAAUUUGGUCCUGUUGUACAAAUGCCUCGGUAAGAGCCAAAAUUCACUUAUAUCUUUUGCUCGUUUUAAGUUUUGUAAAUCGUCCUUCGUUGUUCUUUCUUUUGCCCUUAUAACCUUGCCCUAUUGAUGUUUGAUAAACUUUCUGAGGACCAGCGCCAGGAGCUGAAUAUAGUUCGAGAGGAAAAUAAUCUCUUUAUAACAGGCCAUAGUGAUUGGCUAGGAAGAACAAUUGCCUUCUAUCAAGUAUUUUUCCAGCAGGGGAGGGUGGCCUUGGGCAAAUGAUGUAUCGGUCCCUAGAAAGGUCACCCCAGGACCCCCGGGAUGGAAUUUUUUUGUACAGUGCCCAGGCUUCAUUUUCUUGGCCGCGCGUUGAUCUGGCCCGGCUGCUUCGGCGAGCGUAUUCUCGGUGUGUUUGGAUUAUAUUCUUCGAGUUUGUCAAAGUCUGUGGGAUUCGUUUCUCUAUCUGGGAAAGCUUCAUUGGUUUCUAUAUCUGCUGCUAUCCUAUUUCUACGAUCCUGGCAUGUUUAUUUUCCGUUGGAGUUCGAAUUUCGUGGAAAAAGUUGUGUUGAAUGAGAGCAUGUCGGCGAAAAUGGCACCUCGUGUUUCCUACCUUGUAUAUUAUUAUUGUAGAUAGAGUGAAUUUGAACAAAUUACUGCAAAUUAUCACGAAACUUCGUUGGAGCAAUAAGGACAACAACAAUUAACUGCAGAGUAAGUUUCAUUGAUCUUUAUUUAGUAUUUCCUAGAAAUUUUAGGAUGAUAUUUUUACCCCAUACAAACACUGUAAUUUUACUGGAACCGUACUGUGGUACUAUCACAGAGCCUGGGUUACCUGUGGUGGAUAGCGCUAUCCACUGUUUGAACAACUGGAGCCAGGGGGAUAGGUAACCAAAGAUGGAGGCCCUUGUUCCCACAAGGAUCUGUGGGUAUUUUUUAUGUACGUGGGCAAAAUGGCAGUUUUAUCCUCUCUAUUUGCAUCCAUCCAUUUACAUUUUUUUUUGGGGGAAGUUAGAAUCUUAUUCCGUAUGACUGCCUGAUUGAUACAAACAGUUUGCCCGAGUUUGAAAGCAAGUACGUUGUAAAUUUGCUUGUUUAACAGCUGCAAAUUUGUUGAACUGUGUGGGUGGAAAACAUUCCUUCGUGAUGCUGGCAUUUUGCUGGGGCAUUUUAAUGACAAUUGUUGAAAUAAACAGAUGCGGCUUUCCCAAAAAGUUGGUGUGUUGCGUCUUUCAAUGAAACACAUUUGACCUCUUGUCUUAGUUAGAAGGGUAGGGAAUUUGUUCUCUUUUGAAUAAUAAUGGCCCUGGGGUAGGGUAUUUGACCCAGAAAAUUGCUUCGAGUUCAAAUUCGUGGCCUUUGCCUGGCCUCCUCCCCCUCCAGAUUAACACUGAUAGGUGCAUAAUAUCCGUACCCACCAGUUGAGGACUUACCUUUUCUUCUUACCCCUGAAGAUUAAAUAAAAUAUGGGUCUAUCCCAGAAGAAAAAAAUAAUGCACUACCUCCAAAGAAUUUCACAUUUUUUUUACCCUACCCUUAAAGAAAUCCUUAACUUACCCCUGGAGAAUUCCAUUGUUCCUCACCCCGGGAGGUUAUAUUAUGACUUCACUGGUCACAAGCUUGGUUUUGAUAUGUUUUGAUCAUUUAAAUGUAUUUGAUACCCCAUUAGGGCCAUGCAUUGUGCAAAGAUUGUUUUUACACAACGUUUGAGACAGAAGUCCAUCAGACUAUAAUUUCAAACAAACUCUUUGAAAAAGGAGAAGUUGUUGCCAUUGGUGCAUCUGGUGGGAAAGGUUAGUGAUGGUAAUUCAUUUCACUGUGUUGCAUUUAUGCCUAGUAAUUUAUUACAUUUAGGGUUGGUUUUUAUUACAUUUACGGUGGGUAUUACAUUUAUGGUUGACUUUUAUGACAUUUAUGGUUAGUGUUACGUUUAUGGUUGUUAUUAUAUUAAUUAUUUUAUGGGUGAUACAGAUACUAAUGAAGCAUAACAUGUAAAUGAUGGUUUGCCUCAAGAUAUAACUUAAUUAUUUUUGUCCUCAAUUCUGUUGUUGUUGUUGUUGUUGUUGUUUUUACCAUCCAUUCAUUACCCUGAUUAAUUUGGUUUCAAGCAUCACUCACUGCAUUGCAUGUAGUUGUACUGAUUAAGUCUUUAUGUGAAAAUCUCAUGGUACAUGUAUGACCAUUUAAAUGGAACCUCUCCAGUUGCAGUACAAUGCAAUGUAUCAUUAAUUUCACAAAAUAUAGUUUUUUUUAAAAAGUAUUUUUCCACUUUCAAUAUUAAAAGUGAGGUAUCACGAGGUAUUUAUCCUUCUUAAUGACAGUCUACCAUCUGUUUGUACUUUCUUCUUAUGGAUUUGACUGUAAAUCAAUUAUGAAUUAACGGUAUGUACAUGUGUGCUCUUAGGCCCUUUAUUGUAAGUGUUUGUGUUUUUUGGUUACAGAUUCCACAGUGUUGGCUUAUGUCUUAAAGAAACUAAAUGAAGAAUACAACUAUGGAUUAAAGUUAAUUUUGUUAUCUGUGGAUGAAGGAAUUACUGGUUACAGAGAUGAUUCUCUAGAGGUGAAAGAAAUAGAUUUUAAUUUUAACUUUAUCAGAGGUAGUAUAUGAAAGAUAAAGGUGAUAAAUGCAGCCUAAUGUUCACCAGGGCUAAGUUGUUAUCUUAUUUAACCUAGUUUUGCUUUAAUGCUGAGUUAGGAACAGACACAGUUAGAGAUGUGGAGUACAAAACUAGUGAAUUGCCUUAAGGUAGCCCUAGGUUAGUGCAAAAUUUGAAUUGAAAUCUGAGCGCUAACAAUAAAAAUUCAGUUGAAUUCUUCUUGCCAACAAUUUGAUGUUUGGUUUCUCUAAAAUUACUUAAGUUAUAAUAAACUAUUUAAAAACACUGCAAUAAACAAAAGAAACAGGGGCUGAGGAUUGCAAUUUAUUUGACCCCUGCGCAGGGUUGUUUAAAGCUUCAAUAGGAUAACCCAGGUUUAGUGGGAAGUUUGAUGUCAGAUAUGAAAGUGUAAAAAGCAAAAUCAGCUUAAUUCUUCUUGUCUACAAUUUGAUGAUUCGAUGCUCUAAAAAGAAUCGAAAAAAUUAUCUGAGAAAGUGCUUUUCAACAAAAGAAAAAAGACCCUGAUUAAAAGGUAACUCCAGGUUAAUCAGCCUUCGAACAACUGGGUCCUGGAUGGUAAUAAUCAGCCUUCGAACAACUGGGUCCUAGAUGGUAAUAAUCAGCCUUUGAACAUCUGGGCAGAGAAGGCCAAGUUUCGUUAAAGCUGUUUUAAAGUGUUUUGUGGGUGAACAAGUUAUUUUUUCUGUACAGUUUGAAAAUAAAUGAGUGUUUAUAUUUUUCAUUAACAGACAGUGAAGAGAAAUGAAAUGCAGUAUGAGCUGCCUUUGAAGAUAGUUUCUUAUGAGGUGAAUUUAACACUAUAUUGUUAACUAUUCUAUAUGAUAUGUCAGUGGCUAAGCUUUGAAAUCUAUUAUCAGUUAUUAAAACUGUUUGAAUUUUAUUUUUAAGGAACUUUAUGGCUGGACCAUGGAUGCUAUUGUCAAGCAAAUUGGACUGAAAAAUAAUUGUAAGUCAUCAAUCCAAAAGAUUUUCUUUUGAUAACUUGUUGAUACACCUUAUCAAUAAAGUGGUUUACAGUUACAGCUGUACCUAGGGCCUGUUUAGAGUUGGUAACUACAUCUACAGUAUGUUGAACACCUGCAGUACCUAUAGAAAACUAAAUGUUAAGUAGAGUCUGUGUUUCACUGGUGAGACAAUUUGUAAGACAAAAGUAAAAACAUGACAACCAGCAAAUCUUGCUAGACAAUCAAGGUGCCUGGCAUGGAUUGUGAGAAAGUGGCCAGGAUACACACAUCUAGGAUAUAACAUUAUGGCAGAAGUGCAGACAUACACUCUGUAGCCCACUUUAUUUCUUGUUUCUGUUCUGUUCAACCUCAUCUUUGGUUCAAAUAUAACUCUCCUUCGUGAUUUUGUGUUUUUCAUUUAUCAUAAUUAUACAUUCCCAUUCACAAAAACAAAGGAAAUACAGUGAACUUGAUCGAACCACAAAACUCACACGUAAUGCCAUUACACACUUCAACACUGUUUAAUAAUUAAAGAUUUGUUCCUACUAUUCUGAAAAACGUAAUGAAAUUUCAAACCCUUGCUUGACCAACAACCGUGGUCUUUAACAGUGCGGUAAAGAUCGUAAUUUAAUCUGUCUCAGUCAAUAUGGGGAAAGGUGAUGUUAAGCUGUUGGCCUCAACUCUUCCUUCCUUGGUCAUCAAUUUGAAGGGGAUGUAAAAAACCACUCACUGCCUUUUGAAAAUAGUAGGAGACAUAGACCCCAGGAUGUGGUCUAUUGUUUGUGAGGGAGAGCGCACUGUCAGGGGCCCUUAGAACACAGUAAAUAUUAGGAGAUUAGGCAACGACAAUGGCAACGACUGAAAAAGGUCACACAAAAAAUGAAUUCGCACUGUUUCAAACUUCAUUGCCCUUAUUCCAACUCUUCUAGUUUGUCACAGGUUGGUGGUUUUUGCAGGAGUUUAUUUCUAAAGGACUACAACCAACUUCACGAAAGAAAAAGAAAAUCGUUGUCUUGAGUUCCCAUCCUCCAUUGAUAGAAUGUGAAAUUAGGAAAUUACACCUCAUAGACAUUCAAUGACGGCAAAGAAACGUACAUAUAAACAGUGAAGUAAAACAGAACCGUCUUAACUGAUGUACUCUUACAGUAUAACUGUAUAUUUUACUUUGGCAGGUACAUUUUGUGGAGUAUUCAGACGGCAAGCUUUAGACAGAGGAGCAAUGGCUUUAAAGGUUGAUAAAAUAGUUACAGGUCAGUUAGCUGCUUUAAUAUGAGCAAAUAGAUGUUACAAACAUAAUUAGUAUCAGCUUUAAAUAAUUAUAAUGUCAUUGCAUCAAUGAAUGUUACUGUGGUUUCACAACACUUAAAAAUCGAGUGAUUGUCAUAGUUUGUCAAUAAUGUUCCUUGUUAUCACUUUUGAAGGUCACAAUGCAGAUGAUAUAGCAGAAACAGUGAUUAUGAAUGGUGAGAGCUACGAUCCGUAGUAAUUAAUAGUAGAUAGUUAGAAAUCAAGUAAGAAACUUCGAAAGAAACACUGACAAAUGAAUAAAUUUCUUUUGUCAAUAAAACUUACUUUAGGUCCAGUUUAAAAGAGCCAAUUUUUCUAAUUUUUUUUUCUUGUAACUAGGUUAAAAGUUAUUUGCCAAAAUUUGAGAAGACGCUUUUAACUUUUUCUUCAUAUGACCUUUGGUUCAAUCAUGAUAGUCCACCAAGUGUGUCAAAGUUUGGCAGUGCUUUGUGUUGUUGAAGUAGCUAAACAUUUCUAUCGUUUUCUGCUUUAGUCUUACGAGGAGAUAUAGCCAGACUUAGGCGAUGUACAGCUAUCAUGACCGUAAGUACCACAUGUAUUGUGAACUUUUGUAAUGAUACUGUUAUUCUAUGUAAGUUGCUAACUUUUUAGUUAGCAACUAACAUAGAACUAAAGUGUAGUUAUACCCCAAUUAAACCCUCUUUCUCUAGGGUUACAAGGUGUGGGUGUGAGAUACCAUUUACCAUUGAUUCACUCUUAGCCCGCGGGAUUGUUUUUGCUUGUGUGAGAGUUUUGGCGACGAAGCCGCCAUUCUCACAGCUUUGCUUACACUGUGACAGUCCUGCUGGCUAGGCAGACUAUUUCACUCUGACAAGGGGCCAGUGCUCAAAAUGUUAGGUUUUCUAUCUUUUUUAUGGCAGAAAAUCGACUUUGUCAAGUUUAAUAGUUUUUGUGUUUCACUCAACGGCCGAUGCAGCAUUAACAGUUUCCUUUGAAGCUAACUCCUUUGUUCAUUUAACAUCUGUAUGAUAAGAUGAUUAUUUAAUUAGCUUGAAAACUUGUGCUGGUAGUCUGUCAAAUAUUCUGUGAUUCUGAAGUAAAACAACACGCGGUGUAAAUCUUUUAUGUUCUAUUUCUCAGUUUCUACUUGUUAUAACCUGAAUCGGACUUAAGUAUUGUAUGAAUGUUGAGCCUUAAUUGCUAGCAUUACUGCUAAAACACCACUGGGAUUUUAGCCUUUUCCUGCUGCUGAUAGAGCCAGUGGUAUAGAGACUCGAAUUCCUCUUUUAAAGGUGUGGCUGAAGGGAAUACAAUAUUUGACCACGUGGUCUUUUUGUUGAACGUUAAGUCGUUUACAAUAAAAGGAAACAACAAUACUCAGGUUUAAAACCAACCUCUUCGUUUUUCUCUGUUAGGCUUCGUUCAACUAGCCAAUAAAAGUGAUUUGUUCCAUUUGUUUGUAAUAUUCAGGGUACAGAGGGUGCCAUUCCUCGUUGUAAGCCAUUCAAGUACACUUACGAAAAAGAAAUUGUCAUGUAAGUAAACUGACAGAGUAGUUGUCAAUCAAGUGGCUCAUGCGAUGUUUUAUGAUUAGCUAAUAGUACUUGUGCUGCUCUCUCAACCAAUCAGAAGUUAAACUAAAACCAAUCGUGACUUGCUGCUCGGCUCCUUUUCCCGCGCUUAGUUGCGGCUACUUGAGCUGGCUUUGAAAUCUGAUUGGCUCAUCGAAUUUUUUUCGCACAUUUGCAUUGGCCGGAGUGCGGAUAACUUAAUUUCGCGACGUUUCGCUUUUUUGCACAGAUAAAAAGUCAAGAUUCGACAAAUUUUAAAAUUUACGAGUCUGUUAAUGUGUACUCUAAAAUUGUCAAAUUCGAAAGCUGUCCAGAAAACAUUCAAGUGAAAAGUAGUACGCAUUCUAAAAAGUGCGUUGGGGUAUUGUUUACUUUAGUAACGUUGUACCAAGGCUUGCAGAACGCCUGGAAACAAUACCCAGUAAUCUUCCUGUUUUCCUGCAGUCGGAGAGACUUUAAUAAUUGUGGGUACUUACCAUUUACAUGGAAAAUUCGGUUGGAAAAUGAAUUGGUUUCUAUUAUUCUGUUUGGGAAGCCUCGGAAAUAUAUGGGGUUUGAUUUGAUGCGAAUCACUAUUUCCGCUCCUUGUAUUUUGUUCAGUUCCCUGCGAGCAGUGGUCUUUCCAGGCCUGACGUAGCGUAGUAUCCGGCCUGGAAUGCCACUGCUCGGAGGGUAUUUGUUCAGCUGAUUUGGAUAUACUUCGUAGCGGGUCGUUCUUCCAACACGUCAAAUUUUAUAGUUUUAUGUUUAACUAUGCACCCUGAAGAUUUUCACCCGAGUGGUUUGUGUAAAAUGGUAAGAAACCUGUGUCAUCCUUUGCUAUGUUUGUUCAAAGACAUGUUGAAGUAAAUGAAGUUUUGAAGCUGUGUCUAGUACUUAUAUUCUCUAAGGCAUGAAAAAGAAUGUGUGCGAAGGACAUCAUUUGCUUUUAUGAUUUUUGACGCUGAAACCCAUCACAGACGUAUGUUUUGGAGCCGUUGUGUGUGUUAGUGUUUACUGACUUAAAGUUUCCUCUUGGAAAUGACAUUCAGCGCAUUUUUUCACUAUACCCAGGUACGCAUACUUUAAAAAACUGGAUUACUUUUCAACGGAAUGUAUUUAUUCACCGAAUGCCUACAGGUAAGCUCUGAAACCAGGCCUUCUUGCUUAUUCUUAUUCUGGGCAUUUACUCUAAAGAGCGUCCCCCGCUCUUAGAAGCGAUAAUAGAAAGCUUUAGCAUCGACAAUGGCAACAGCAGCGAAAACGCCACAUUUAGAGUGAAUUCGCGUUUUUUCCAGUUCGCUGAAAAUUGAUGUUAACGUCCUCCAUAAAGGUUAUGUUACACGAGACGAUCGCAACGACGAUUUUUACCGCAACACAGCGUUGCAUCAUUGUUGCGACAUGGUUGCAACAUUGUUCCAUUAUUGCAACGCUGUGUUGCAAUAACUUUAAAACGUAAAAAAAGCGUGCUACACGUGCAAAGUUGUUGUUUUGCUCAAUAAAAGUAUUGCUUUUUUGACGUUCUUGUCUCGUCGUCUAAUGUCGAAAAGCGGUUUUUGUAUGUUUUAUUUGACAUUGCCGAUGCUGAGAUUGUUUCUGAUUUGGAUCUGUAAGGGGGUAGGGGAAAUAGAUCCUAAAAUCUAACUUUGUUGCACGUUGUUUUUAUAUGUGUGUUGUCAAUUGUAAACAUACCAAAGAAAACAAACACUGCGUAGCACAUUGUUUUCAGCAAAAGAGAAGUUCUAAAUAAGCGCCGCCCCUGGAUAAACGCCAUCGACUUGUCGAAAAAUUUGUAAGUGCAUCGACUAAAUUCGGUAGUAAAACUUCGCGAACACGAUUACUUUCAAGACACUGAUUUUUGAAGGCGUAUGGGUGUUGUCUUAGAUGGAGUGCAGAAGAACCAUGAAAAACUCUUGUUUGACCGUCGAUAAUUCUGUAUAUAGACUCAAUUGAAUGUUUUAGUGGUUUAGUAUCAUGGAGUUACGGAUAGCCUCUAGAAAAAAGUACUUAAAACACAUUUGCCCACUCUUCUUUAGGUUCUUAGGAGGCCGAGGUUUUUUUGUAUUCACGAAACCUCACAAUUCUAUUUCAACAGGGGUCACGCACGGACUUAUCUAAAGGAUCUAGAAAGAAUACGCCCAAGCUCGAUUUUAGGUGAGUAUCAUUAAAAUAAGCGAUGUUGAACAAUUAAAAUCACCGUCUUCAGAAGUUCUGAUGGAGUAACAUUACCAGAAUUAAAGGAAUUGCCUUGGUCUGGGUACGAGCUGGGUUUUCUCAACACUCGGUGUCUAUUCUUUGCCACAGAUAUUAUCCAUUCUGGUGAGAGUCUAUCUGUCAAGAAAGAUGUCAAGAUGCCCGUCCAAGGUACUGUGUACAGGUUCCAUGAUUUUCCUGUCUCUUUGGAAUAACUGAUUCUCAUCGACUUUCAAAUACAGGCCCCGUCCACACGAAUUUGGAGAUUUUUGAAACUGCAUAUCUUUUGACCCGGAUUCGUGUGGACGGAUCUUUAGCUCGGGGGCGGGGGGAUUUUAGGUGACAGGGAUGAUCAAAUGGGGGAAAAAAUCAAAACCCCAAAAAAUAUUUGGACCAAAAUUUAACCCCCAAAAAAUCCCUCGCCGAAUUUCCGAGCCAUAAAAACUUUCCAGAAAGCAUUAAAUGAUCUAACUAUCACGAUCUAUCGGAUUGUUUUGAAUACCCGGAAAAAUGCCUACCUAAAUCAAGCUGCCCCAAAUUUUCCUACCCAAAAAAAUCCCGAAAUCGAAAAUUUCAAAUCCAAACCUUUUGAAUAGUAGUGCAGUUCCUAGCCCGCAAACCAGUCAAUUUUGCUUCGUUAUUAACUGCAAAAUUUUUGAAACUUUGAACUUGAAUGCAAACACGGCAAACACAAAACAGCUUUUCGGGCCCGAAAAGUUACUGGGACUUUCCAGAAACAGGCCCCUGCAUGGGCCUACAUUGUAUUAAGAAAAAUCGAUUAGGCCGUGUCCUUUUUCUUUGCACGGGCUUCACGUGCUGCACGUGCCAAUCGACUUCUUCUUCUGGUUUUGCAUAAUAAGCGCAUGUGAGAACGUGCGAACUAGGGUAAAGGUGGCAUAAAACUGGUUUAGUCUUCGUGUUUUUCUUGGUUCAGACGUCUGGUGUCCAUUUAUUAACUUGUUAAGUUGUUGUAAAGAAAGUUCACCGUGAUGGAAAACAUGUUUCAGACCCCCCUCUCUCGCCCCUUCUCCUUCCAACUAUAAGGCUAGCCCGAUCGAUUUUGAAACGCAAAUUUUCCUCCGUUGAUAAGCGCCUACGAAUAUAAGCCCCUCCAAAAAUAAGCCCCUCAAAAAGGGCCUUUGAGAAAUAUAAGCCCCGGGGCUUAUUUUCGGAAUUUUAAGAUAAUUAUGUAGUUGUAGUCAAAUGUCGUCAUCGUGAAAAUGGCCUAUUGCAUGGAAAACCCGGUAAUUCCAAUGAGAAUUCAAAUGGAACGCUUUAUCCCGUAGAAAUUUUUCGGAAAAAGGUGAUACCUUCCUUUCGAGGUGUUACUUUUUUUCCUUGCUUUUACCGAAAAGACGGAAAUUUUCUGUACCGUUUGUGUAGAUUACUAGUGCCAGGCUUCUGUGCAGUUUCUGCAAAUAUAAAAUCCAGGGUUGUCAUUAAGAGCCGGGGGCCGGGGAUUCUCCCCGCCUACUAAGAGAGUGGCCCCCGGCUACUUUUAUUGGAAAAUAGAAGAAAAAUAGAACCAAAAGAAAUCCCUAGCCGUUUGAUUCCCCGCCUACUUAUUGUAUUUACCCGGCAACUUGAAAUCUUAGUGACAACCCUGAAAAUCUGUCCAGAAUUUUGAUGCUUAAACCUGAAAGCUUAAGGAUUGUCAUUCACAGCAAGAGAAAAGUAAAGAUCGAAGGUUUGUAACGCUUACCUGUCUGAUGCUGUAGGUAUUUGCAAGAGGUGUGGAUAUAUCUCAAGUCAGCCUUUGUGUAAGGCGUGUGUACUUCUAGAGGGAUUGAAUAAAGGACUACCAAGGUAUGAUAGCGAAAAAGGCCAUUUCCGAGUUUCAAGAAGCCUCACCUUGAAAACGAGGCUAAGUGCAAAAAAUGAGUUUCAUUUGCAUGAGAAUGAAAUAUCGUUUUUUUAUCAAUGGCUCUGCAGUGAGCCUCGCCUUGAAACAGAGGCUUGUGGCAACUCGGAAAUGGCCUAUUCGAUAAGUUACACAGGGAGCAAAGAACAAAUGUUUUCUUGUUGGUAGCCUUUACUACACCGCGCGGUGGGCCAGAAUGUCUGAGUAAAAUCACGGAACCCUUUCAGACUGUGUGUGAUAGAUAAACCUUGAAAAUAACUGAGCUGUUCGUCCGAGACUUUAAAUCAUGUUCUAUUUUCUGGUAGACGUGGAGGCUUCUUGUGAAAAUGUCAAAGCUUUCUAGUUGGUUUGGGCAGAAGUGCUUUUAGCUUGGAACUGCAGUCGCUUUUCAUAAUUUUUGGACUUUUUUGUUCUUCAGGUUGGGUAUUGGAAAAACAACCAAAGCUCAGGUAAGUUACCCAGAAUUCAGCAAGGGAAGUUAGGGUUCGUAUCUCGUCCCCAGAUCCACCUGACCUUCUCCGCCGCUAGAGCCCAGGGACAAGCAUCAGGGCGACUAAGUUUUUUUCUUCGAUGAGACGCCAUUGAGAAUUUCAUGUCCGGAUUGAAUGACACUGGUUUUCAGAUAUUUAGUCUUUGGGAAAUUUUAGUCUCAUAAUUUUUUUAUAUUUGGGUUUCUCCAGUUUUGUGCUCUGUCUGAGUAUAAGCCAACUCAUUUAGAAUUCUUCUGUUUUUCCUUCAGAUUCCUUUUGAUUAGAUCGUAUUUAAUUAAUAAAUUAAUCGUUUAAGACAUUUCGUACUCAUACUUUUAUUGAUCUCUUCAUCUUUAGAUUGAAAUUUUGAGUAGUGCUGAUAGUGGCUCCAGUCAGCCCAGUGGCGGAGCUAACAGCAGCUCUGCUAAGUCUCUUGAUUUUUGA